AUGCACUGUUCCGCCUCCUACCAAGAGACUGACCUGACGGCCCUGGGCCCCUAUCUCCGUGCUUCCACCCUCUUGGUCUUCUUUAACAGGAUGACUGUAGGCCUGGGGCGGUGCCUGUGCAGUAUAAAAGCGGGUCCAUCUUCUCUCUCUCUCAUCCACUCCUCUUGCCUCCAUCACCCCAGGAACAAGGUGUCCCUCCAGACGCAAGACAUGUCCUGCUACAACCAGUGCCUGCCACGCCUGCAGUGUCGGCCCUGCGGCCCCACCCCACUGGCCGACAGCUGCACCGAGUCCUGCGUCAGGCAGUGCCAGGACUCCAACGUGGUCAUCCAGCCCUCUCCCGUGGUGGUGACCCUGCCUGGACCCAUCCUCAGCUCCUUCCCGCAGAGCACCGCCGUGGGCUCCUCCACCUCCGCUGCCGUUGGCAGCAUCCUCAGCUCUGAGGGUGUGCCCAUCUCCUCUGGAGGCUUUGGCCUCUCUGGCAUUGGCAGCGGCAUCUGUGGCAGGCGGUGCUUCCCCUGCUAA